GGAGAGCUGUUUACAAGGGGGUGUCGCGUUUCUAUGGUUGCUGGACAAACCUCCUGAACCAGGUAUUAAACUGCCCCCCCAGGGAUGCUUUAGUGGUUGCCACCGUGAUCUAGACCUCCAUUCAACACGACGGCUGGAGACGCGCGGAACAGAGCGCCAACAGACGCCCAGAGAGACGGGCUAGAGACGGGCUAAGUGACGGUCCAACUGGAGGAAUUCUCCAUCUCCACUUUCAACAGGUGCCCAACUGACGACUUUCAACGGAGAAUGCAAUAACCGCUCGAUUGCGAAAAUAAAUUGUUUGCUUCCUUCUCCUCAACGUUAUACGCAAUAAAAGACAACGGAAGCUCGCAGAAGGGAAGCGCUGGGGGGCCGUCGAGACAAGAUGUCCGCGAGCUGCGAGGACUCGGUCGGGCUUGAGGCGGAGCUGCUGAACGCAGCCGCCCACGCGGAGGAGCUCGACAACAACAAUAACAACAACAGCAACAACAACAACAACAACAUUUUCCAAAGCAACCAGGACAGCCUCUGUCUGGACGACAGCCUGACCAGCCUCCAGUGGCUGCAGGAAUUCUCCAUCCUGGGACCCCAUGGGCCCUCACCACCCCCCCACCAACAGUCCUCCCUGCUGGGCCAGGAAGCACCCUCCUCCCCGCUGGCCGCCGACCCCGCCUGCGGCGGAUGCAUGCCCCUCACACCCGGGAAACCCACGUCCGCCGCCUACUCCCGAAUGCCCUUCCCCCUCCCUGGCAUCGUGGCCCACGGGCACUGCCCCGACGACGUGGACUACCGGACCAACCCAGCGGUGAAGCCGCCCUACUCCUACGCCACGCUCAUCUGCAUGGCCAUGCAGGCCAGCCAGCGCUCCAAGAUCUCCCUGUCCUGCAUCUACUCCUGGAUCACCGACAACUACUGCUACUUCAGACACGCAGACCCCACCUGGCAGAACUCCAUCCGCCACAACCUGUCCCUGAACAAGUGCUUCAUCAAGGUGCCCCGGCGGAAGGACGAGCCGGGGAAGGGGGGCUUCUGGAGGAUCGACCCCCAGUACGCCGAGCGCCUGCUGAGCGGGGCCUACAAGAAGCGCCGCAUGCCCCCCGUGCAGAUCAACCCCGCGCUGCAGGGCCGGCUCCGGCCGGCGCCCCUCAGCGUGGACGCCCGGUCCCAGCGGCUCCUGCAGGAGUUCGAGGAGGCGACGGGGGCGGAGCAGCGAUGGGACCCCCAGCUGGCGGAGGGCACCAUGCUGGGCUCCUGGCCCGUUAGCCGGGUGGUCGGCCGCAAGAGGAAGCCCCCGCCGGGCUGCCGGGCCCCCGGCUCACAGGCCAAGGGCCCCCGGCGCUCCAGCUCCCCCCUGCUGUGUGUGGAGGAGCAGAAGGAGCUGGGCUCCCUGAAGGGCAGCUUCGACUGGGACGCCCUGCUGGACUCGGCGCUGAGCGGGGACCUGAGUCUGGACGGGCCCCUGAGCCCCAUCCCCAAGGAGGACCAGGACCUCACGGUGCACGGGACCCAGAUCUUCCCCGCCGAGGCGCCCGGGGGCAGGGGGGCGGACCGCCACAACCCGGACCUGGAGGAGGAGACCUUCCUGGCCACGGCCUUCCUGCAGUGCCCCUGGGUGGAGGAGGAGGUGGAGCAGGGCCCCGGGGACUACCUCUGCACCUCCACCGUCAACCUAGAGCAGCUGUUUGACCUGGGCGACCCCCUGGUGGGCCCCGGGGAGACCCUGAGCGAGGCUCUCCUCUGAUGAGAGACCCUGCAGAGAGAACCCCCCCCCCCCGGAGCAGUCCUGGCCGGGACCACUCCGGCCUCCUGGACCUAAGGGACCCCGAGGCCUGACUUUGUAAACAAGCAUUAUCUUUCUUGUUGUUGUUUUGUACUGCUGAUGGCGGAUGAGGAACAUCCCAGAUAGAUGCCACUUAAUGCACCGCAGUGGGAUCUAAACCAAACGCCUUCCCCUGGUGGGACCCUGGAAACUGAUGUUGCGGGACUUUGGUCGCCGCGGCAACAUGCUUGCCAGCCGAAGUCUUUGUUUACAUGCGGUCAUGAUACCCGUAGGUGUUGAAUGACAUGGCUACAGGAUGCCUAUUGGUUGCCCGCCGCAGGGCCAUGAGACGUCACAGCCAAUAGAAAUUCAUGUUGCAUUGGAACAGGAAGUGGGAGGACCGAUGGCUACCCCAGAGCAGUAUGGCUUCCUGUUCGGUAUGGCGACCAGGGCUUGAGAAUUAUUGCCAAAUUGUUCUGGUUCAGAAGAUUCACCCCAGUUUAGACGUGGCUCUUUUUGGUACUAACUGUAUUCACAGUUUUUUUUAUUAUUAAUUCAGUGUGUUUCAUGAGAUGAUUCAUUAGUUCUUGUUAAGUCUAAACAACAGGAGAUAGAGGGAGGGAGGGAGGAGGGGAGGGAGGAGGGGAGGGAGGAGGGGGGAGCAAGAAACUCUGGCAACUUAACGUCUUCUUUCUUAGGGCAAGGGCCGCGUUACUUGAAUGCUGCGUUUCGCUGGGUUGAUCCUGAGUCACGUGCUUAUGCGGGGAAUACCAGGAACGACGAAGGAAAACAAAAGGAGAAGCGUUCAGACUCAGUGAGUUGUGACGAUGCGGCUGGUAAAUGAAUAUCCAGUUCCGCUCCAACAAACACAGACGCUACGCUGGCAGAGGUCACCAGAUAUCU